AAUAGUAAGAUGAAACGUGGCAAAAUGGAAAUGGCUCAUCUACGAACCUCGAUACCUUCCCGCAGCCGAUCUUCUCUGAACCAAUUCCCGAUCUUAAUUUCUUGGCCGCGCCUGCAAUUUUGACCCGCCGCAUCCUGGCGCCGACGGCCCAAUCGGCGGAAAAGAAAGAACAGUCCAGAUUUCUCGCCACCAAUUUCCCCCUUCCCUCCUUCGUUUCGCGUUCUCCGGCGGCAAGAAUGCCGUCGUCUCAGAUCCUACCGAUUACCCAACCCCCUUUGUCAUCUCCAUAUUCCUCCGGAGGCUCCGCUGCGAAUUCGAUUAUGGCAACCACAUCUACUGCCAUAGACAUAAUGUUGCUCAAAGAAGAUGAUGAACAGAGAACUGGAGUUCUUGUUUCUCCGUCGUUCGAGGAUGAUAAGACGCUGCCUUAUAAGCCCCUUCUUCCCAGGACUUCAAGCUAUGCCUCCACAUCAACCAGUACAUCCACCGCAAGCAAUAUGUACAAGCAGAAGCGGAGGCGAAUCAGGAGCGAAAACUUUUUGUCCUUUCUCUCCUGCGACGUCCGCCACCAGACAGUUGAACGUGAUGUCGAGGAUGCCGGCGUUGAGAGAGCCGAGAGAUUUAUACUCACCCGCUUCGGUUUCAAACUCUCGAAAUAUAUUGGGGUAGCCUUCAGAUGGAUUGCAAGAUUUAUCGCACUUGGCUGUUAUUCAUUGUUUCUUCUCCCAGGUUUUCUUCAGGUUGGAUACUAUUAUUUCUCAUCCAGUCAGAUACGCAGAAGUAUACCCUAUGGUGAUAAACCAAGGAAUAAGUUGGAUCUUUAUCUACCAAAACAUAUUGACGGGCCAAAACCAGUUGUUGCAUUUAUCACUGGUGGGGCUUGGAUUAUUGGUUAUAAGGCUUGGGGUUGUCUCCUAGGACAACAGUUAUCAGAAAGAGAUGUCAUCGUAGCAUGCAUUGAUUACAGAAAUUUUCCUCAGGGAACUAUGAGUGAUAUGAUUAACGAUGCUUCCCAAGGUAUCUCGUUCUUGUGUAAUAACAUCAGAGAAUUUGGAGGCGAUCCAAACAGAAUCUAUCUAAUGGGUCAGUCAGCUGGGGCACAUAUAGCUGCUUGCACACUUUUGGGGCAAGCAAUGAAAGAGGUUCGCAGAGUAGAAAGUAUCUCAUGGAGUGUUUCUCAGAUUAAAGCUUUCUUUGGUUUGUCAGGAGGGUAUAAUUUGCUUAAUUUGGUAGAUUACUUCCACUCUCGAGGUCUAUCACGUUCUCUUUUUCUGAGCAUAAUGGAAGGAGAACAGUCCUUGAAACGAUUUUCACCCGAAGUAAUGAUCUCAGAAGAACCCAACAUCGGAGCUGCAGUGUCGAUUCUUCCUCCCGUCGUUUUAUUUCAUGGAACUGCAGACUAUUCUAUACCAUCAAACGCUAGUAAAACUUUUGCUGAGACACUUAAAAGCGUUGGAGUAAAAGCUGAGACAUUUUUCUACGAAGGAAAGACACAUACAGAUGUAUUUGUUCAGGAUCCAAUGAGGGGGGGCAAGGAUCAGAUGUUUGAAGAUCUUGUCUCAAUCAUCCAUGCCAAUGAUGCAGAAGCCCUGGCAAAGGAUGCAGUGUUGCCUCCGAGAAGACGCCUUGUACCCGAAUUUAUGUUGACGUUAGCUCGUAGAGUUAGCCCCUUCUGACCAAUAUGGUUAUCAUCAAAUGCUUGUGACCAACAUCACCAUGUUAAUUGUAGUGUAGUCUCCCUCUGAUCGUAGCUGUAGUUUAUCCGUUGUAGGUUACAAUGAGGGAAAUGAACUUCGCACUCUGAUCUGGUAAGAUCUGUUACCGAACUAUACAUUGAGAUUCUUUUUAUAGUGUUAACAAAAAUAGUCUUAAUCAA